AUGGAUGCCCUAACAUCGGACAUACAGGAAGAGGCGCCUUGGUGUAUGCUGUUUGCCGACGACAUUGUUCUCGUUGGAGAGGAAGGGCCUGAGGUACAGAGAAGACUGGCAAAAUGGAAAGAAAGGUUGGAAAACGUUGGUUUGAAGAUCAGUCGAACAAAAACCGAGCACAUGUUUUGUGAUUUGGGUGGUUCUUCAGACUUCACGCCAAUCGCCUUAGAUGGUGUAUCCCUGCCAUGCUGCUUCGACUUCAAGUACCUCGGCUCUAUACUUCAGAACGACGGCAACAUAGACCGGGACGUCACUAAUCGAAUAAACGCUGGUUGGAUGAAAUGGCGACAGGUCUCUACAACAGCAUGCGAUCGUAGAAUGCCCCUUCAGCUCAAGGGAAAAAAUUACAAAACGAUCAUUAGACCUGUCGUGCUGUAUGAAUCGGAGUGUUGGGCGACGAAAACACGCUUUCCGAUUCGAGAUGAAGGCCGUGGUUAUACUAAUGCAGUUGAGGUGUCAAACUAUGCUGGAACAUGGAAACCAGCAUUUGCGUUGAGUUCCAUGAGUUUCCAUAAGUUUUUCCUAAACCAAGCGCUAUAA